UAUACCAAGAGUAACGACGAGAAAGAAGGUGUUAAGCGGACUGUCGAGGGGUGUGACUGAGUCAAACUGCCUAACGAGGAGGCACCGCGUCAGGCUAUGAACCUGCGAAAGCCAGUGACAAAGAAAAAAACGGAGAAGAUUGUAAAAAGGUAGAGCAUAUCGAGAUACUGAGGGUGAACCCCCUCGAGUCGAGAAACAAAACCUCCCCAUUAAACGGGUGAGACUGUUCUUUGUUUCCUCGUCGGGAAGACGAUGUGAAGAAGAUUAAGAGGAGAGAGAGAGAGAGAGAGAGAGAGAGAAGAUAACGCUAUACGAAGACAGAAUGUGUGGGAAGGGAAUGAUGUGCCACAGUGAAGUCCAGAGCCACGAGCUGUCAGUUAAACACGAGCUCAAGCACGAGGAGGAGUCGAAGAGAGCCAAGCACAGCUGGCACAGAAACGGAAGGAGGCGGUGGAACAGCGAAAGCGGAGAUCUCCGCCAGGUUCUCCGCCGCAACCCGCCGAGACCACGGCGCUUCUCGGGCUCCGUGUCGCUCCGGCCGGCCAACGUCCGCGGCCGCCGCGCGCCAGGGAUGCGCGCGCCACGCAACACCAACCAGUUCCUCAUGCACGAGAAGUACCAGCUUAUGCACAUGCGCUCUGAUUCAGUGGGCACGGACAGCUCAUCCGACUGCGAGCUGGACCCCGCGGACAUGGACUCGUACCUCGGGGUGCUCGAGAACGCCCGCGGCGCGCUGUUAGACAGCCCCGAGCUCUCGUUCACCGCCAGCCAGGCUUUCCACUUUUUCACGUUCCCUGAGCUCGAGCGAGAAGACAGCAUGCAGUACUUUCCGUCCGAGAGUGACGUCAUGCAGAGCGAAGACUUCAUGCUGAGGGACUUUAAACAGUUCUGUGACACCGUGGCUUGUACAUGAAACACUCGCCACAGGUAAACACAGUGUGUGGUGCACAGGCCAGCAGAACAACAUGAACGUUUUUUUUAAAAAUAAGAUCUUGUUAUCAUGUUGUGUAUUUGUUUUUGUUUUUUUUAUGAUGCAUUGUUUUGUUACGGAAGUAAUUAAAGCAGUAAAGUAGGAGUGUUAGAGCAGCCAAUCAGAUUUCAAGAUCACUCAGUCCCUCCUCCUCCUCUUUUUGGGCAUCUAGUGCACUUCAAUCGACUAAAGAAGCCCUAUUUCCUGUGUGGUGCACUUGUUUACGGAGCAGGGAGCCACUUGAGGUUCAGCCAUAUCUUGUUGUUUAAAUGACUCUUUGUGAACUGAAAUAAAAAUCACGUUUUUAAGUAA